GUCCGCCAGGGGCGCAGUGUUUUUGACGUAGCCCCGCUGCGCUGCGGUUCUGGGGGAUUGAGACGCUCUGCUCGGUCGGCGGAGGAGAGGAGAGUCUCACUUCACAAUGAAACGAACACAACCGAUGCACGAAAAACCUCCGAUUUAGAAAGGUGGACCGGCAGGAUGGGGGAAGGGCCUUCAGCUGCUAUUACACCUGUGCAGCAGAUGCUUGCGUCUGGCACCGGGGCUGUACUAACAUCUCUUUUUGUCACACCACUGGAUGUAGUGAAGAUCAGACUUCAAGCCCAGCAAACUUCCCUCUAUCAAGCCCUAGGACCAGAGUCAAGGCCCUGGGCUGGGGUCAUCCGCCCUUCAAAAUGGAAAUGCUUCCUCUAUUGUAACGGGCUGAUGGAGCACGUCUAUGUGUGUCAGAAUAUGUCAAGUUGCUCCAGCUGGUAUAAAACCCCUACCCACUUCAGCGGGACCGUGGAUGCAUUUGUAAAGAUUACUCGUAAUGAGGGGCUCAGGUCUCUGUGGAGCGGACUUCCUCCCACACUGGUGAUGGCGGUUCCUGCCACAGUCAUCUAUUUCACCUGUUAUGACCAGCUGCGAGACUUCCUGCGCUACAGCAUGGGCUAUCAGGGGGACUAUAUCCCCCUCAUAGCGGGAGGGUUAGCAAGAUUGGGAGCGGUGUCUGUGAUCAGCCCUCUGGAGUUAGUUCGGACUAAGAUGCAGUCCCGCAAGCUCCCGUACAGCGAGCUGAUGGUGUGUAUCCGCUCGGCUGUGGCUCAGGACGGCUGGUUAUCUCUUUGGAGAGGCUGGGGACCCACUGUUCUUCGGGACGUGCCCUUUUCUGCCCUGUACUGGUUUAACUAUGAGCUAGUGAAGGCACAGCUGUGUGAGCAGUACAGGGCACCACAGACCUCAUUCAGCAUCAGUUUUACAGCAGGGGCCGUCUCAGGAGCAAUUGCUGCAAUUCUGACCCUGCCAUUUGAUGUGGUGAAAACACGCAAGCAAAUCCAGUUAGGAGAAAUGGAGGCUCUUGGAGCAGUCUCUGUGAAGAAACCAUCCUCCACAUGGAACAUGAUGAGGAAUAUCUGGAUUGACAUGGGAUACAGGGGUUUGUUUGCAGGUUUUCUUCCAAGAGUGAUCAAAGUUGCUCCCGCCUGUGCUGUCAUGAUCAGCACUUAUGAGUUCGGGAAGACUUUCUUUCAGGAGCGUAAUCUGAAUCGGGCCAGAUGUGGACUUUGAGAUGAGCGGGAGGAACAGAGGUUUGUCCAGGAUAAUGAGGAAGCUGAGAGAGACUCCUUGCCAACACAGAGGACUUUAACAAAGCUUUGAGUUAGCUCUCUGGGGGAAAAAGAAACUAUGAUUGUUGGGUGAGGUGUCCACUGACUGACACAAGGAAUAAAAGCUGUGAGACGUAAACCACUACUUGAGAUGAAAGACUUCCGUUAUGAUGCAUCAAUAAAUGCAGUUUCCCCAAAAACCCUGUGAUGCCUUAAAGAACAGUACCAAAGCAUGUUGGCAGAAACACUACCUCCCCAUAAUGCCCCACUCAGUGAAAUGGCUGCCGGUUGACCGUGACUUCCAGGUUGUAGUAUCUGCAGUGCAUGACUUAAGUCCCUUUUAUUAAAGACACAGUGCUGCCCUCUGCUGUUCAUGUUGAAACCUCAGACUGAACGGAUAAACUGCUCAAAACUGA